CUAUUUUACCGCUCAAAUGUGACGGUUCAAAUUAUUUUUUGCCACGCACAAUCUCUCUCUGUCCCUACGAAUUUUUCGAAAUAAAACUGUAAUUGCAAUCAUAUAUAUUUAUAUAUAUACUUAUAUUUCCAUAUUAUUUAUCUGGAAGAGGAAAAGGAUGUGCGAUCAUCUAUUGUUUCGGUCGUAGCUUUGUCGCUUUAUUGUUCGGCGGAACGGACGUUGUUUGGGUUUAACAACAUUAUCCACAGUUUAGAUACGAUUCAGACGCGUUCGUUCGAGGAGAGUUGUGCGUUCUCGACGUUUUUUGAAGGCACACAUAAUUUUAUUCGCAUUCAAUUUGAACGCAACGCAAUUAGAGGCUAUUAAAGAAGUGCAUAGAUAAUUACCAGGAGGAAAUAAAUCGAAGACGUUGUAACAAUGGAAGAUAUCACGGAUGCCCCGAAGAUCACCGCAAACGAUUUGCCGAUGGCUUUCAAAGUCAAGUACUUGGGUUAUGAACCAGCUAAGGGAUUAUGGGGCAUAAAGCACACUCGAGCUCCGGUGAACAAGAUGGUAGAAAGAGCCAAGAAUCUACCGGCAAACACAAUUUUGCCCCAAGUCACAGUGAAGGUAACAUUGGAAGGAUUAAGCUUCAAAACCAAUGUGAGCAAAGAAUGCAUCGAGGAAACCAGGAACUUCAACGUGGACACCAUCUCGUACGGUGUUCAGGAUUUAGUCUACACUCGAGUGUUCUGCAUAAUCGUCGUCAAAGAGGGUGACUUGAAUGAAGGAUUGCCAUUCGUGUGUCACGCAUUCGCGUGCGAAUCGAAAAGCCAAGCCAGAUCAUUGACGUACUCUCUGGCCGCGGCCUUCCAGAGUUACGGCCUGAAAGUCAAAGCCAGCAACGGGAAACUUAUCCAGAAGAAGUUCGCCAUCGAUUUGCGGACUCCGCAAGAAAUACAGAAGGAUGAGGUCGCUGAAACCGAUGCCUAAAGAAAAAGCGUACGCACCUUAAAUAAUCGUUGAAAUUUGUGAUAUCUUAAAGUAUUUAUUUCUUGCCUUGAUCGUUAAAAAAAAAGAUUAACAUAUUGCCUUUUAUAGUUCUAAGUUCUAAUCCUAUCCAUUCCAAAGUAAUAUAUUAUUUUACAUAACUAUGUACCUAUAUAUAUAUUUAUAUUUUUUA